UUCAUUCCUAAUCUCUGUCAAGUACACAUGACUUGAGUCGCGGAUCGCACGGAGUCAUCCCCCCAACUCCUUCCCUCGGAACAAACAAACAGUUCUGACUUGGAUUUGUUAAGUCGCGUUGCAUGCCAUGAAGUUUACCAUGACCUGAUACAGGUCAGAAAGGCUUUUGAUCCGUUGAUAAGUGUGCAUUGUUGAUUCGUGUUCGUGGCCCUUCAACCGAUUAUCCGUUCAAGAUGGGGCUGUUCUUCUUUUUUGAGAACAAUAACCUCAACUAUUUCAUGUACUUCACGGCGCUCUCUGCGGUGUUGAUGCUAGGACCGGAGUUCUUCGUGCCCAGAUGGGGUCCCUCUUCGGGGGUACCCAUUGUUAAUGCACCCUGUGGACGAAUGGUGGGUACCAAGAUGCACAGUCGAGAUGGUCGGGAGAUCUUUGCUUAUCGGGGAAUUCCAUAUGCCAAGCCUCCCGUGGGAAGCCUUAGAUUUGCUCGCCCGGAACCUUUGGACCAGCCAUUCUCAGAAGACUUCCAAGCCACGAAAAAUGCCAAACAUUGCCCGGCCCCAUUUACCAUGGCAGGGUAUUCAACAUUUCUGGGUUCAGAGGACUGCUUGAAGCUCAACGUCUACUUCCCAAAUAUUGAGCUAACCAAAAGGUUGCCCGUGAUGUUUUGGAUCCAUGGCGGAGGGUUUGUCAACGGGGAUGCGACGGAUUUCUUGUACGGUCCUGGACAUCUCUUGGACCGGGAUGUGAUCCUCGUGACAGUGGCUUAUCGUUUAGGUCCUUUGGGAUUUCUCAAUUUGGGCAAUGAAGAAAUCCCUGGCAAUCAGGGGAUAUGGGAUCAGCGUUUAGCCUUGAAAUGGGUUCAGGAGAACAUUGCUGCUUUCGGAGGAGAUCGGGAUCAAGUCACCAUUUUUGGCGAGAGUGCGGGCUCCAUGUCCGUGAUGUAUCAUAUGGCUACUCCAGGGAGCGAUGGGCUAUUCAGUGCAGCCAUCGCUCAAAGUGGAUCCAUCACGGGUGCUGCCUUCCUUAAUUUUGACAAGACCAGAUCAUUGACGCAUUAUCAUCAACAAUACACACAGGGCGUUGGAUGUCCGGAAUCAUUGGGAGCCAAAGAACAACGAAAAUGCCUCGAAUCUUUGGACUUGGCUACGUUGAUGGAUAAACUUAAUAUGUUCGAAGAAUGCAGCUUCAUGGAACCAAUCCUUGGCUCCAAAAUUGUAUUUCCCGCUGCUUGGAAACCGGCUUUUGACGGGAACUACUUGAGGGAUCCAUUGUUUCCAGAGGAUCCAACGAAAGUGAUUGAAAGUGGAAGAACCCUCCCUGUUCCAUUAAUGAUCGGGUUCAAUCGAGAUGAAGGUCUUUUGACUUUGGCAUUCAUGCUCAAAAACCGAACUCAUUUCCAAAG